GUGUCCCCAACCCCUGGUGGUGUCCCCAGUUCCUGGGGGGGUCCCCACCUGUGUCCCCAUCCCCCUUGCCAGUUGCUCGGCGCUGCGCAAGAACGGCUUCGUGGUGCUCAAGGGCAGGCCCUGCAAGAUUGUGGAGAUGUCCACCUCCAAGACGGGCAAGCACGGCCACGCCAAG